UUGUGUGAAUGUAUUUUCAUUUUGGUCUUGUAGGCCGCAAUAUAAUAUGGCACUGGUGGUUAGUGAAAUCGUGCAUUCGGUAAUUUCGUUUUGAAAAUAAAGCGUCUCUUUACGCGGAAACCGAUGGGGUUUCAUUUGUGUUGUGAUGGAGAUUUUAAAUCUUUUUAAAAUUGAAAUGGCGAAAAUAUAAGUUCAGUGUGUUGUGUAGUGAGAGGCAAUGGAUCGUCGGUGCUCCCAAUCGGUCAGGACGCUGGUUUUCGACGAUUCUGACUCUGAUCCGCCUAAAAGCGAACAGAAGAAAAAUUUGUCGACGUCUGCUGCUCCAUCGUCGCUUAAUCAGAGCGCUGAAGAUGCGAGCAAGCGCAGCAACUUGUUGCGCAUGCGGCGGUCAGCGCUCGGAAAAUCUGCACCGACACUUUCCGUCCAUGUGAAAGAGCCAUGUGCGGUAUCGCGACGACCGUCCCGCCUCCCGCCGCCGCCACCGCAUCAUCGGCUUUCUCUUGUGGUUGGUUCAGGGCGGUGUAGUUCCCCGGGUACAGGACCUCUGUCUCCGGCUGAAGGGCCCCGAUGGCACGCACACCACGCCCAUCCAUUGCAUCACGCCCUACUGUCAUCUAGCGUUAAACGGGGGAAGGACCUAGACGGCAGAAGGUGGUCUGUAGCAUCGCUACCAUCGUCUGGAUACGGCACAACACCAGGGAGCUCAAGUCUUUCGCAGUCGCAAUGCUCGUCCCAGGAGCGACUGCUGGCCGUGCAAGCUGCGUGCGAUCCAACGCCUCGCGCGCACUGCCCCCAUUGCCAUCAACAUCAGAAUUCACUCAACAGUUCGCAAGGCAGCGGUAUGAACUGGGCAUCACUGUCAGACAGCGGUGGAAGUGGCCCCGUCCCUCGCCCCGCUUCACCUCCGCAUUCCCCCUCGCCUCGGAAUAUACCUCGACGCGUUCGAAGUCGGAGUCUCAGUUCACCAUCCCGCUCACCAGGGGGUGGUAGUGUGGGCUCGGAUGGAUCUCGAGAAGAUGCAGUGACAGCGAUGUCUGCGUUGUUCGCCGCACGAUUUCCGGCUGCUCAAAGGGCCAUGAAUGAUAAAUUACGGUCUCUAAUAGACGAGUUGACUGAACUUGAUAAGAAGCCUGACCGUCCGCCGAUAGAAAGAUUCGUUCAACGACAGGUUUUAGAGAUGGCCCGUGAUUGUCUUCAUAAGUCUGAGUCGAGGCAGGUAACAAGCAGUUACUUCUAUGACAUGGGUGAUAGUUUGGACAGGCUGCUUGCUGAGACUCGGGAGAAGUCAGCAGAAGCGGGCGGUAGAGUUGCUCCUUUGGUUACCAGACUGACCCUUGCCAUGGCUCGUCCUGCGAGACUGCUUGAGUGUCUGGAGUUCGAUCCUGAAAAAUUCUAUCGGCUUCUAGAAGUUGCAGAGGGACAUGCACGGCAUUUGCAGGGCCUAUCGACAGACAUCCCUCAAUACAUUAUUCACAAGCUGGGUUUGUCAAAGGAUCCUCUCGCCGAGUUAUCAGUUCCACCACCUCCGCCGCCGCCACAGAACUCGUCACCGUCAAAACUCCGAGGUCGUUCGUCACCCCCCGGUGGGGUGGGGGGAGGUACCCCGUCAGAAAAUGACUACCAGGUUAUUAAACUGAUCUCCAAUGGGGCCUAUGGAGCCGUGUACCUUGUCAAACAUAAGCAGACCCGACAGAGAUACGCAAUGAAAAAAAUCAGCAAAAACAAUUUAAUAUUAAGAAAUCAAGUAGAGCAAGCAUUCGCUGAGCGAGAUAUAUUAAGUUUUGCGGAUAAUCCUUUUGUGGUAACAAUGUACUGCUCAUUCGAGACGAAACGCCAUUUAUGUCUCAUACUGGAGUUUGUGGAGGGCGGUGACUGCGCAACUUUACUGCGUGCAGGGCCACUUCCGCCUGAUAUGGCACGGCAUUACUUCGCUGAGGCAGUAUUGGCUGUAGAGUAUUUACACUCGUAUGGAAUCGUGCAUAGGGAUCUGAAACCCGACAACCUACUCAUCACUGCAACUGGUCACAUAAAGCUCACUGACUUUGGACUCAGCAAAAUGGGUCUUAUGUCAUUGGCUACGAACCUUUACGAGGAAUACGCUGACCGCGAAGCGCGCCAGUUCUCUGAUAAGCAGGUCUGUGGGACGCCCGAAUACAUUGCGCCUGAAGUCAUAUUACGACAGGGUUACGGUAAACCUGUGGAUUGGUGGUCGAUGGGCAUCAUUCUCUACGAGUUUUUAGUGGGCUGUGUGCCUUUCUUCGGUGACACACCCGAAGAACUUUUUGCGCAUACAGUAAAUGAUGACAUAGAGUGGCCAUCCGAAGAUGAUUUUCCGAUAGCAGUAGAAGCGAGAACUAUAAUUGCAGAUUUACUCGCUCGAAACCCCAGAGAUAGAUUGGGGACGGGAGGCACUCAUCAAGUAAAGGAACACAUAUAUUUCUACGGACUAGACUGGAACAAUUUACUCCGUCGGAAAGCUGAGUUCAUACCGCAGCUGGAAAAUGAUGAAGACACCAGCUAUUUUGAUAGUCGCUGUGAUCGUUACAAUCACAGUGAAGUGGAGACAGACGAGGCAGCAGAAGGGGAGAGUGGGCCAACGGCGGAGACGGGAGGAGAGGAAGCAGGGCUAUUUGCCGCAUUCUCCUCUACAUCUCCGCAAUGGAGGAGACAUUAUCACUCUCAUUCAUCGAGGGUUAGCAUUGAGAGCACGGAUAGUUGGCCAGGCACGCCUGACAGUGCUGGCCCACCAAGCACACCCACUGCGCCGCCGCAAACUUCGCACCAUCAUCCUAAGUGCCCGAUGAUAUCAGCAAACUCGGCUGAAUCAUCACAAACGGAUUCUGACGACGUGUCGCCGGCCGCUCGUCGUCGUGUCGCGUUGCGUGCGCCGCUCGCACACUCGCACUCGACGCAUGCGGCCCAUUUACAUGCGCAUACGCAUUUGACUCACGGAUUGUCGAGUCUCGUGCAGCCACAGUUGCAUCCCGCUAUGUUACCAAAACCAUCGGAGAAUAAGAGGGAGAAAGAACAUAAAUCAUUUGAUAAAGUGGAUAAGGUUGAACGAGACAAAAGUAAACCUAUAGCUCUCUCCGCACCAAAGUCAAUGCGCCGAUCGGCAAGCACAUCCGGCCUCUCUUUAGUGAUCCAUCCAGCCGAAGACAGCAUAAUAAGUAUGGGUGGUGGAUCUCCAUGUGCCGGCAACACAUCUUCUACCAACUCGUCACGCGACUCUUCGCCGUGUCGCGAUCCGCCAUCGCCGUUCGCUAUUGCUAACCAUUCGUUAAUUCAAUCUUCUAAACCGCCGAUCGUUGUACGUCGAGGCCCACGAGGUUUCGGAUUUACAAUACACACGGUCCGUGUGUACUAUGGCGACACAGAUUACUAUACUAUGCAUCAUUUGGUAUCGGCUGUAAGUGAACAAGGAUCGGCCUGGGCUGCAGGUUUACGGGCUGGAGACCUCAUAACACAGCUCAAUGGUGAAUCUGUGCAGGGAUUGUUGCAUACACAGGUGUUAAGGCUGCUCUUGGCUGCCCCACACGCGACUCUUCGCGCCACUCCGCUAGAUCAGACUACAAUACAGGCGGGUGGUCGUCGUCGUUCGGGCGGCAGACGUGCGUCCGCGCCGCCACGUCCAAGACCUCGUCGGCGGUGCUCGCUGUUUAGAAGAAUAUCCACUAAGCGGGCGUCGCAGGAGAUGCAUCAGAUGGUUUCGGGUGGAAACAGUGAGAGUUCGUCUCCAGCGCCUUCCGCAGUUCCAGCGUUAGCCGACACGUCGUUACACAACGCACCUACGACGCACUAUCAAAGGCCAUCAUCCCUUCACGGGCUAAAGCACAAGCUAGGCGCGGGUGAAGUUCGCCGUGCGUCUCUUCAGCAUAUGCCCCUCUCCCCUCUCGCGAGAACCCCUUCACCUUCUCCCCAGCCUGCGCCAGCGCCGGCUUCACCCACCAGCCGUGGCUGCGAAGCGCGCAGUCCAUCACCUCUAGCGACACGCGAAUGUCGUCGCGCGUGGCCACGUCGCGAUCCAGCGUCUCCGCUUUUAAGACGAGCUCUUUCGCCUGACAGGUUACAUCCUCGUUCAGCGGAAUCUAAGUGCUCUAUAUCCCCACUCUGCUGUGGGGGAGUAAGCACUAGUGGUACGACCACAGUCGCGACUACCCGAAGAGGAGGAAGUUGGAGAGCCCCUGCACCAGCGCCCCCCACUCCUCCACCUCCAGAUAAAGAAGAACCUCUCUUGCCAAGAAUCGCGGAGGAGAAAGAUUCUCCCACGCACCAUUCUGCUAGGCUGCCUAUGAGGACGCCAGUAAAACAGAGCACGCCGAGUAUCUUCACCUCAUCCCCAAAAGCCAGCCAGGGCAAGUCGGCGUUCGAUGCCAACUCGUCAUUUGCGUCUCUCUCUCUUUCUGACGAGUCAUUCGUAGACUCUAGUAUGGAAGCUUCCACUAUUGAUACAUCGAGGGAAAUGCCAUUGUACCUCACAGUGACAGACAGCCGAUCAAGUACAGACACAAGUCUUACAGUGUCUGAUAUAAAUAAGAAACUCUCAUUUACACAAGAAUUGUCCAGCAUUCCGGAAGUUAAAACUCGCAAGAAGUCAGAUUCUAGUCUGAAAGAUGAAGAUUUAAAAUCCAAAGAGAAAAUAAAAUCAAAAGAUAAAUCAGAAUUGAAAAAACAAGAUUCGAUGAAAAAAGAAAAGUCAGAAACAAAGGAGCUAAAGAAACAAGACUCCAUUAAGAAGAUUGAGAAGCCAGAAAAAGAGAAAGCGCCUGAAGCGAAAGAUGACAAGAGGGAUAAAAUGGAACGAAGUGGUUCGGUAAAAAGAGUUGAAACGAAACAAGAGAGGGAAAAAGAAACAAAGCAAGAAAAAUUGGAAAGGCAAGAGCGAGAGAAGGAACUGAAAUUAGAGAAACUCGAAAGAGAGAAAGAGUUGAAAGAAGCGAAAAAGCAGGAGAAACAAGAGAAAGCUGAGAAAAAACAAGAGCAAGCAAAGAGGUCUGAGUCCAUAAAGAAGGAAUUCAGAAAACAAGAAUCGGUUGAGACGAUCAAGUCUCCAGAGGCGGAGACUAGUGAGGGCAGAAGUAAGAGUGUGGUGAGCAAACUUCUCGGAGUGAUGAGCAGAAAAAGAGACGACGAAGAUCACAAAGCGAAAAAAGACAAACAUGCUAAAAAGAAGAAUACCACGAUACCGCUGCCCCAGUCACAAAUACCAGUCAAACUUGAUCAAAGUUCUGUCGCCACCGACAAGGAACCAGAUGAGAAAAAGAUGAAAAAGGGACGGGGAAGGGCUUCAUCUUCAUCAUCCGAUAUAGGCAGAUCUAAGAGAAGAGAAGAGAGACCUUGUACUCGCCGGCACGCUUGCGCAAGUCCAUCACCUCGCGGUACCAGGAGUCUCCCUGCGGCAGCCCGAGUGGCUGCAGGCCGGCAGCGCGCAGCGUGCUCUCGCUGUCCUCUCCGGCAGCCUUAGAGGUGCCGGCGGCUU